AUGAAAACAAAUAAUUAUAUACUUAUUGGUGAUUUUAAUUUUGGAGGCAAUCAUAUAAAAGAACAAAAUAUUCUUCCUACAUAUGAAAAUAAAGUACAUGAUUUAUGGAAAGAUAUUUGUCAUCUUGAUGAGGCUGAUGAAGACAGUUCACGGUUUGAUGAAGAUUUUCCUAAUGAUGGAAUCAGUGAGGAUUUACAACUAAAGAAUGGACUAUUUUCAAAAUUUAAAGAUAAUCCUGAACUUGAUACUAUUCAUGCUAAUCGCUUAUUAGAAGUAUUACAAACAUUUGGUAAAAACCCAUCACAAAUGGAUUGUAAUAGACGAAUUCAAGCACUGGAAGAAGAUGAUUUCAUAGAAAUACUUGAGGAACCAUGGACAUCGGUAAAUAAUGAUCGAAAUACGCUUCAUAAAGCAUUAGCGAAAUUCGAUCAUACAAAAGAAGGAUAUAUUGAUAUUGAAAAGUUUCGAGAGAUAAUGCGUACACUUGGCGAACCUUUAUCGGAUGAUGACAUUGAUGAUCUUAUUCAAUUAGGUUUAAAUGAUGAAGAAAAAAAAAUUGAUAUUGAGCAUUUACUUGAUCAAUUACUUGGAAAUAAUACAUAA